AAGAAGGUAGGCUCUUCAACACAGCACUUAUUAAGUUCCAGGGUGUCUUGUUACCUGCAUGAUCAGGUAUCAUUGUGCCUGGUGAAUUAUUAAACCUCUCCUCUCUCCAACUCAUUCUGAUCAACGUCCAAACUCCACUGGCAGGAUUCCCUCAUCUUGCCGGCUUAAGGAGUGCAGCCAUGUCUCGGGAAAUGGAUUCGAUUUAUGCAUCCACCAUUGGGACCUAUAAGAAAAUUCUAGGUCAGUUUAACCCAGCAUUGGAGAACUUAGUCUAUCUCGGUAACAAUUACUUACGGGCUUUAAAUGCACUAUCAGAAGUUGCAGAAACCUAUUACAAUGCAAUUAAGAAGAUCGGAGAACAGGCGCUGCAGAACGUCACCUGUCAGGGGCUUGGUCAACUGCUCAUCCAGAUGGCUGAACACUGUAGAACUGCGAGUGCUGGGCUGAAUAUUGUGUUUCAGACUCUGCAUGGCGACAUAGUGCAACAAAUGGACAAGAACACCAAGCUGGACAUGCAGUUUAUAACUGACAGUCAGAACCGCUAUGAGAUAGAAUAUCGUCACCGAUCAGCAAAUCUAGAAAAGUGUAUGUCAGAGGCCUGGAAGAUGGAGCGACAAAGAGACCGUAACCUACGGGAAAUGAAGGAAAAUGUUAAUAUGCUGCACAAUGAUAUGCUGGCAUUUGUGAAGGAGAGUCAGCGGGCCGCAGAGCUGGAGGAAAAGCGCAGGUAUCGGUUCCUUGCAGAGAAACACUGGCUGCUGUGCAGCUCCUUCCUGCAGUAUCACAGCCGGGCACAGGGUUUGCUACAGGCCAGAGUACCUCCAUGGAAGGAACAAAUUGAUGCCAGCAGAUCACAGACUGCAUCAGGGCCUCAGAACUAUGCACCCAGCAGACCGGCUUCUACCUCAAGGGACUCGGUGCCCCUGCCACCAAGACCUGCGGAGAGAGAGCAGAAUGAUAGCAGAGCCUCUAUACGAUCUGAUUCUAGUAGGAGAGGUCUGCAAAGAACACCAUCUACAGGAUCAGUAGGCAGCUCACAGCUCACCCGCUCAAGCUCUUUUGGAGAAGUAGCAGUCGCAGCUGUUGCAGCAGCUGCAGCUGGCGCAGGAGGCAGGCGGGUUCAGGCGAUUGUGGACCACAACACAGGAGGAAACCGCACACUGCUGCAAUUCAAAAAGGCCGAUAUUAUUACUGUGCUGGUUCCAGAAGCCCGAAAUGGAUGGCUUUAUGGGAAACUGGAAGGCCUUUCUAUGAAUGGCUGGUUUCCAGAAGCAUAUGUGAAAUCCAUGGACAGAGACCAAGACUCCAGGUCCUUUCCUUUGCGCAGUGCGCACAGUACCGGGGAUCUUCUGGAUGGGUCUGAUAACUUCCCGGAACCAGAUUAUAGACCUAAGCCCCAGGGACAGGGAUUCUCGACCCCAAACAGUAGAAGAGGAAGUGAAGCAAAUGCGGCUCCUCCUCCUCCUCCUCCAGCCAGUAGCAAUGCAGCAAAGAAGAGCACAGGAGGCCCCAGAGGAGAUCUCUUCCCAAGGGGAACAAAUCCAUUUGCAACUGUUAAACUGCGCCCUACUGUCACCAAUGAUCGCUCUGCUCCUCUUAUCCGGUGAGGACCUGAGAUUGAGGCCUGUACAGUGACUCUUGUGCAAUCUCCCGAGACCUGCCGCUACAGACAGCAGCAUACACUGCAAGUAACAGAGAAGUGCAACGCUCUAGCUGGAUAGACAUAUUGCACGCUGAAUUUUCCUUUCUGUAAAUACUGCCUUUCCGAUGAUGUUGUAGUCAGGCUGGCACCCCUCUGAUAAGAAAUAUUUCCACCAGAUAUAAACCACUGGUAGAUGAUACAUUUACUUGAUUAUUUGUAAUUAUGUGUUUUGUAAAUAUUAAAUCCUUUUUCUGUGUUAGUAACUGUUCAAAUCAAGCUAUUGUUUGGAGCGUACCUCUGAAUAAAGCAAAGUGCAAAAUGGA